AUGGUCUCGAUUAUCAAAAAUCAGCUACUGAAACAUCUGUCGAGGUUUACUAAGAAUUUAUCUGCUGAUAAGAUAAAUUUGAGUACAUUCAAAGGUGAAGGAGAACUGUCAAAUUUAGAACUUGAUGAAACAGUUCUCACGGAUCUACUAGAGCUGCCAUCGUGGUUAAGACUAACUAAUGCUUGGUGCAAUAAAGUUUCAUUUCGCAUACAAUGGACCAAACUAAAAAGUGUUCCUAUCUUUUUGAGUUUGGAUGAGGUACAUAUAGAUGUAGAAACAUGUGAGGAUCUAAGAAGCAUGUCUUCCCCGCAGGGUAUAUCAUCAUAUGCUGGUCCUGCAAAGUAUUCUUUUAUACAUAAAGUAAUUGAUGGAAUAACAGUAGCUGUCAAUACUGUACUGGUUACAUUUAAAAGCCCUGCAUUUAUUGCCUCAGUCCAGAUGAACCGGAUUAUGGUAGAAUCCAAAUCAGCAACAUGGCAGCGUUGUGAUCUCAGAACUACUAGAGUGAAAGAUCCUGAUCGAGGGCAGUUACUUAUCUUUAAAGAGUUAGAAUGGCAGACUGUUAGAAUAGAAGCUCAAAGUACUAAGGAUCACAAUUUGACACCACUUCGUUUACUUACAAACCAAGCAAGAUGUCGAAUUACAAUAAAGAAAAGGAUAUCAGAUUGUUUCGUUAUGGGCUGUAGAUUAGUAAUUAUCCUAGAUGAUCUUCUAUGGGUAUUGACAGAUUCACAACUGAAGGCUGCGCUUCACUUUCUUGAUUCUUUGGGCGGUCUUAUCGAGAAAGCUACUAUUCUUGAACGAAAAACCAAAGCUGCAAGAAAGUUAGAGGUUUUACCAGAAUAUCAGGCACAGAUAUCUCAACAAAGCAGAACGAAAAGUCAAUACAACACAGCGAUUUCAAAAAUAUUUACGAGAUAUGAUGUUGUAGAGACAUCAUAUCAUUUUCUUUCACAACGCAUUGAUCUUCACUUAUGUGAUGAUGCUGGUGGAGGCAGAUCAUUACAUCCUGAUCUAAAGGAUGGUGGUGCAUUACAAAUUUCAAUAGUUAGAUUUCAAAUUGAUUAUUAUCCAUAUCAUUUAGCGAUGGCGGAUAGAAAACAUUGGGCCAAAUACAGAGAAAAUGCUACACCUCAUAAUCAAUGGUUGCAACAAUCGUUGAGUUCGUUUAGAAGUCAGUUUAUGGAUCUCAUAGAUUCUGGGAGAACACAACAUUCUCCUUUAACAAGAAGUCAAGGAAACAUAACAGGAAGCGCUAUAAAAGGUUCCAAAGAACAUUUAGAAAAAAGUAAUCAACCACAAAAUUCAAAUGUUACGCCAUCUGAGCAAAAGAAGUCUCAACAUCCUAGUGGUAAUCCUGUGAAAAAUUACGUUUUGGAGCAACUUGCCAAACUGAUGACAACGUGCAUUAUUAUCAGAAUCGAUGAUUUUACUUUGUACAAAGUGACAACAACUUCGCGUAAUCCAAUGCCAAAAGAAUUUAUCUCAGCUCAAACCAGGAAAAAACAUACAUCAGGCGAUCGUGACAGAUUUAGUCUUCCAGAAGACGUAACAAUACUUCAUGCUGAGUUUACUUAUUACUAUUAUCCAGGGGAUAUUACUUUUCCCUUGCCACCACCUAAAUUUUAUGUACAGCUUAAUCCUAUUCAAGUAAAUUUCGAUGUCUGUUCAUGCCUUUGGUUUAAUUCUUUUGCAUUAAAUCUUUAUCAUUCUCUUAUGGGAAAGGACAAGCUGAGUUCUUCGCGCUUAAUGUAUUUUGAUGUAAAAAUAGAGGCUAUACUUCCAAGAAUAGUUUUUGAAAGUCAACAGGAUUAUCCAAAUCAGAAAGACAGACCCAAGUCUUUGCAUAUUCAAACCUCUAGAGCGUCUAUAACAAAUGUUCGAUCAACAGAAAGAUCUUCAAGGGCGGAUUUGGCACAGUGUCUCAAUGCGUUUCAAAUGGGACAAAUGUUCUUUGGAGCAGAAUUUCCCAGUAAAUCAGGGGAUUUUCAUGUAGUAACGGAUAAAUUUCUAGCCCAUUGUGCAGGCACUGAUAAUAUUAGGCAAAUACCACCCAAUUUUAGUAGCAAUUCCGUAAAUGAGCUGCUUCGUCAGUUGAACAGAGAACUUUUAUGGACAGAGGCGAAAGAUGUAUGGUGCUGCAAUUUGGAACCUGUUUGGGGAGAUUUUUUCGGAGCACGGGCCGUUGGCCAAAAUCGACCCGUACCGUUUCUAGAUGCAUUUCCUCUAACACUCUGGUGUUAUUUCACUACAGACUCAUCAGCCACAGAGAAGCUGUCGCCCGCCGAUAUUCAUGGGCUGGCAUAUAUAAGCAAUCUAGUUAGCGUACAGAUAAAUCAUUAUCAGUAUUUGUUCUUACUUAGAUUGUCGGAGAUAAUCUCCGAGAUGGCUACGUACUUGGCUGUGGACUCAAAUAAGAUUUUGAAAGUGGAGAAUGGUGGAUCAUUGAUCAUAGGCGCAUUGAUACCGCAGGUGGAAGUGACAUUUGUGAUGCCGUCACAUACACCUGGUAAGGAGAAUUCCGGUGGUGAUUUAGAAUCCGUUGUGCCUGAUUCGUCCAGCAUAGCGGACGAUUUCGUUGGCCCAUCCACAGUUUGGCAUACUAGCACGGUGAGCGCGCGAGUAGAUUUUAGCGCUAAGAGAAUGAACACAAGCAAUGACGUAGAGACACCUCAAAGUGAGGCAUCAUCGAUGAUAUCAAUGGAUUAUUCACAUUCUGCUCCGACACAACCGGUUGUCACUUUUAAACAAAAUGGCACGAAGAAAAGCGAUCAGGAAAGUUCAACGAAUGCAAUGUGGUGCAUUCCCGAGAGCUGUGGACCGCAAUACAGUAGUAGUGUUGGCAAUACAAGCGAUGAAAAGAAACAUACAACAGAAACCGCACAUAAGCAUAGCAAGUCGGAUUCAAACACGCCCUUUAUUCCGAAUAAUUUCAAUGUUAAUCUUUCAUCUAUGAAAAAAGGACUCAGCAAUCUAAUGACAUCGAUCGACUCGGCUUUGAAGGCCUCCCCGGAAGAUGGUAGCAGCGAUACAGUGUCUAUGAGAAGCGACGUUAGUUCGGACAGUGAGAAUUACGUUUUGGUAAGCCUACAGGAUCAAGGGAAGAUUGACGCAGUAUUCGGCAUUGAUAACUCGAUUAGGAUAACGGCCGUAGAAGAAGCAACUGAAGUUGUAGAAGAAACGCCGGAUACUCAAAGUGAAAAAUCUAUGGACAGCGUUUCCAUGGCAACAUUCAAGCUGUCAAAAGUUGAAUUUAUACAACAAUCUUGCGAUUAUUCUUCUGUUAUUAAAGUUCAAGUUUCUAAUAUUGACAAUGAUGAGUGUUCAUCUAUUCCUUGGGAUGAAUUUCAGACCAAAUUCAGUUCGCGAUCUCGAGGUUGGAUAGAAUUACCGUCCGAUUCUGACUGUAGAUCACGUAUUAAGUUACGUUUGGAUCAUAGUUUGAAAAAUCCAGAGGAUUCUCGUAGAUUAUCGGAUGCUAGUCAGAAAGACACGAGUGACAGCAAUAGGUCAGCGCCUCAAGGUCAUAGAUUGACUGAGCAAGACACAUCUCGUACAUCCGACAUCAAUGUGCAUGAUAAAGAGAGCGUUAUGAAUUUAUUCGAGGAUAAGUUAGAGAUGAGAGUCGCUAACGUAGGAAUGUCAUUGUCGAUGAGCUCGGUAACGGGUUUAGCGGAUUUGGCAGAGGACGAGAUUAUACCUAAACCAAUUCCUAUGCAGAUAUACUUGGAAAAUAUAUCAUUACGUUUAAAUGAAGAUCGUCCGCCAAAUAACAUAACUUCUCCAGGGCCAAUCCCGAUAGAUUUGAAUAUUUCCAAACUCAGGAUAGCGCGGGACAUGAGCGGCGUGUUUCACAUUGAACCCGUUGUAACUGUAAUAGAGGAGAUCCAUUCAAAUACGGCAUUAUCGAGUGACAAAAUGCUUAAGAAUGCAGAAUGCGAGAGGGAAUUAAAAGCUUUAAGACAAUCCAGUAAGCAAUUGAAAUUAGAUAACGAAGAAUUGAAACGUCGUAUGGGAGCUCUAGAAAGAUUGUCAGAAGAAAAUGCGAGAUUAAUGCGCGUUAAAGAGGAAUCGGAUAUAAUAAGAUCUCGUUUGAGCACCGCAGAAGAUGACAUUGCGAGUCUUCUGGAAGAAAAGAAACUCUUACAUGAAACUAUUUCAGAGCUGCGAAAUCAAAGACUGGAAGACGAUCCUGAAGGUAGUAAUAGAGCUUCAUGGUCUAUCAAGAGAUAG